AUGAUCAGUAGAUAUUUAUUUGUUUGUUUCUAUUUCGUUUCAUUUUUUCUCAUUAAUCGUUGGUAUGAUUUCUAUCAAUAUUACUUUCAUCUAUCGACACAUACUUCACUAUCUCAACAUAUCAUAUCGGCUAAUCAAUUGAACGUUAAACAAUUACAGUAUAUUCUUAAUUUACGCGGUAUUACUUAUGUAAAUAUUAAUGAUAAAUAUGAUCUUAUCAAAAUGGUCGAACAAACUGGUGCUGUUCGCGAAAGUGAAUUGUACGAACCGAUCGAAGACGAAUAUGAAAGUCAAACUACGUUCUUCUCAUCAUAUAAGCAAUUAUUAGAUUUCGUCGAUGAUUGUAAAGAUACUAUUUGGUUUGUUCACAUUCUUCCGAAUGAACGAUCUCGAGAAUCGUUGGUUCACCUUCCUUUUGACAAAUGGCGAACAAUCGAGCGUCGUUUAGCGAUAAACAACAUUCAAGCAGGAAUUGUAAAUUGUUCAAAUAACGAAUAUUCAAAUUUGUGUCGAACUUUAACAAACGAACGAUUUGUUUUGCUUCUUCCAUCAAUAAACCGACGGUUGCCGAAGAUCUAUUCGUACGAAAUCUAUUCCAUCAAACAUUAUGACUACCAAUACAUACUACGAUGGUUAAGUAAAACAUUGGAUAAUCAUUUGAAGAAAGAUUUCGAUUGGUAUGAAGUCUCUCGAGAGAAACGUUCGUCAAUCGAACUACGAAUGAAUAAUCAAUUCUAUUCAUCAACCAUCCCAAUCUACUAUUUCACACUAUUGUAUCGUUACCAUUCAAAUAUAAAUUUUUAUUUGCACUUUCAUGAAUAUCAGCCAUUACAAAUACGAUUCUCACUACACAAUUCAUCUCUUCAUACUUAUGUUUACAAUGAUUUGACUAAGAUUCAUAAUUUUCAUGAAUUACAUUCAUAUCGUUCUUUGAACACAUUUCUAUCGUAUUUAACAAUCAAUUUCCAAACAUUAAUCUAUGUUUACUAUUUGAUUUUAAAUAUUUAUUUUCUUUAUGAUAUCUAUUUGGUACAAUCGAUGAGUUUGAUGAAGAAAAUCUUCAUGAUCAACGUUAUAUCAGGUUUCUUUUGGUCAUUAUGCCUGAUUUGUCUGUCCACCGAUCGAAUCGAUCAAUACUUACAAAUCGUCGCUUUUCAUUUCAUAAAAUAUUCUCACCAAUCAACAUUUUUAAUGUUUAUUCGAAAUGAUUUACUUAUUUAUUCCACUAUGUCCAAAUGGAUCCUAUAUCCAAUAUUGAUUUCAUUACACAUCAGUAUUGGCUUGUGCUUUCGAUGGUAUUUGAAGGAAAAAUUUGGAAGAAUGACAGCUGACUUACCUAAUGAUGUUAUUAUGAUCGAUCAAACCCAUGCACUGUGUUCCAAAGUUUGGCAAUACGUUUUGUGUUUGUUAUUCUCUGAUCACGGGCCAACUGAUCAUGGAAAUACGACGCUUUUGCGAUAUUUUUCUCAGGAUAGUUUAUGGUUGGAUCAACAUUCGUUAUUGACAAUGAAUUCGAACGGAACAGCAACAGUUCGUUCCGGCAUUGAUCUAACGCGUCUUCCUACUUGGCGUUUUACCAUUCGGAAGCGUAAGACAACUCAUGGUGCUAGUGAAUACUAUUCCGAUAUGGAAUUAGAACAAGCUAAUCAUAACAACGAACAAACUUGUCCAAUAAAGAGAUCGUUUGGAUAUCGAAGGAUAUUGUUGACUCAACAAGAGAACUGUUAUACAAGUGAAUCAGAUGAAAAUAACAAUUCAUGGAAUUCACCUAGCGAGAAACUGAACAGUAGUGAAAUCUAUCAAUGUUCAAUCUGUUUGGAAAAGUAUAUCAAUCAUGUGUAUAUAUGUACAUUACCAUGUCUUCACCAUUUUCAUCGAAAAUGUCUAUUCGAUUGGUUAUCGAAUGGUGAACAUACGACUUGUCCACUUUGUCGUUCAUCGGUGCUGGACUAA